AACGGUUCCAUGACGACUCUGUCAAAGCCUGACAGACCGUGCGAUAAUUGCCGCCGGCGGAAGAUUCGAUGCUUGGUUGAACCGGGGAAUGAUUGCGCGCUGUGUCGGUCUCAUGGGCAGUCAUGCACAUUCCUCGAGGGACCACCCAAGAAGAAACGAAAGCAAUCCGAUGUAGUCAGCCCAGUGGCAGUGGUAGGUGUUUCGCCAGAAGCGCGCUCCCACCAAGAAUCGCCGCACGACUAUUCGGCAUAUCCUGAAGCACCAUCUUUGUUGAGGCAAACCCUGGGUCAUCAACAUUUUCGUACCAACAUAUACAUCGGUGCCACGUCAGGUCCAAGUCGAGUACUGCUCGAUUUGGCUGAGCGGUCCCGUCACGGUCAAUAUCAUGCUGGACCCCUUGAUUCCGAGGUCCGUCGCGUUGGCAGUGAUGGUUAUUUCCUCAUUCUACCAGAUGAGCAGGCAGCCAUUGACGAGCAGCUUGAGACACUGGACAAGAUCGAAGCCCUCAUCAAGCCUCAUGGUCCGGCACUGGUGGACCUCUUUUUCCGCAUUGUACAUCCUAGCUUUCCAAUACUCCAUAAGGAUGUCUUCCUGGAAAAGCAUGGUCGAUCAUAUCGAGAACUCGCGCCAGCGUGUUUGUCUGCCGUCUACAUGCUAGCAUUAAAUUGGUGGUCUUACAGUAUUGAGCUCGCCCACCUCACAAAACCGAAUAUCAGCGAGCUUGAGAAGCUGGUGCCUUCGCUCAUGGUCUACAACAAGAUCUCCAAGGUUUCAGACAUUCAAGCUGGCUUAUUAUUGCUACAACGACCCAAGAGAGACUCUUGGAGAUUGACCGCUCAGUUGGUUGCGAUGGCUGAAGAUGUGGGCUUACAUCGUGACUGCACCGAUUGGCAAAUCCCGGAUUGGGAAAAGGGCGCGCGCAAGAGAACAGCUUGGGCUCUGUUCAUACAGGACAAAUGGGGGGCUCUUGUGCAUGGCCGUCCCUCGCACAUCAAAGCGGACAACUGGGAGGUCUUGCCACUUGGUAUAGGAGAUUUUCCAGAGAACAUCGAGGACGAGGACGCAGAGCAAGGUAGCUCCGAAGUGGAGAAGGGUAUACUUAUUUUUAUGCAUCUUGCCUCCCUCACGCAAAUCCUUUCGGACAUCAUCGACGACCUAUUCACCCUGAAAGCGGCCAAAAAUCAAAGAGGCACAUUCGAUCUGCUCCAAGCAGUCAAACCACUGCAGUUAAAGCUGAAGUCCUGGUAUUCUCAGUUGCCCUCAUGUUUGGCAUUUGAUUCUACACAACCAAGAAAGCUAUCCGCGACAGGUCAUUUGUAUCUUGCAUACCUGACUGCUGAAGCCACUUUACAUCGAGCUAUUCUCGAAUCCGAAAUGCGAGACGCAUUGGAGCCAUCUUUGCGUAAAAUCACCCGUGAUGCUGCAAUCAUGAGAUUCAAGUCUGUGAUUGACUUCCUGAAACGCCUCAAACCCGAACAUAUGCAAGGGUUUUGGCAUUCUGCAUCCGAGCCUUGUCUGGCAAUCAUCAGCACAUUUGCACUCGUCCUACUUGCAACGAGCCAGGAUCCGCGCGAAACCAAGGAUAUUUUCUCUCAGAUUGCGGAAUUCCGAUGGCUGCUUAACAUCAAUGGCCCAAGUGCUGACUUCAUGAAACUUGCCGUCGAUUUGUUGCAAGCC